AUGUCCUCACAGUCUCAAACCUUCAGUCCAUCGGACGUCGCCCCAUAUAGUCCCUCGUACGACCAGAUCUGCACGACUCCUCUCACCAGCACCAGCAAGCUUAUUAGUUUCGCUGGCCUGGUCGGCGCUGAUCCCGUCACCGGCUACACUGCACCUACUUUCCCCGGGCAAGUGGAGCUCGCGCUGAAAAAUCUUGGGAAAUGCCUUGAGGCUGCAGGAGCUACGAGCAGGGAUAUUGUCCAGGUGCGGCAAUACAUUGUUGGGUUGAGGGGUCAUAUGGGGACUGAAGAUGCCAAGGCAAGAGGGGAGUUGUUCAUGAAAUUCAUGGGAGGGCAUAAGCCGCCAAACACGUUGGUUGGAGUGGAAGGGUUGGUGACGAAAGAGAUUCUGUAUGAGAUUGAGGUUAUGGCCGUCGUCAGUAGGUGA